AUGACCUUCAAUAUUGAUGAAGAUGAUGCUAUUAAAAAAGCUACUGAUUUGAAAGGGGAACCAAUAUCAAAAUGUUCUUUAAAUGAUAUCGUUCAUAAGUUUGAAAUGAUCCCAAAUAAUAAACUAGCUGGUACUCUACUAAACACAGACAAUGCAGAUCAUUUUAAAUUGAACUUUAUAAAUCAACAUCAGGAAUUCGUAUAUUUAAAUACUUCAAAGAAAGUACGUAUAUGCCAUAAUUUAUCGAAAAUUUCACCAACAACUGAAAAAAAUGUUAUCUACAUUUAUUUACACGGUCUUGGCGGCUCCUUAGAUCAAUUUUUACCACUUCUGAAAUUAACAGAACUGUAUCAUAUACCGUUUUUAGCUAUUGAUUUGUUUGGGUUUGGCCAAAGUGACGAAUUAGAUCAAUAUAACAUGAUCUAUAUAGUGGAAAAAUUACAUGAUAUAUUAAUCAAAAUCUUGACUCGUUUCCAAAUAGAUAGUAAACUUAUUAAUUUAUCUUUAAUUGGACACUCAGCAGGAUGCUACCUUUCACUACAUUUUUUAACCAAAUAUAUCAGUCAAUGGUCCAUAACCAAUGUCAUUCUACUGGCCCCACCUUCUCCAAAUGUAAAACAUUUAGAUAAGACAAAGAUCUUAACACAGGCAUUUCUAAAAUUCUUAUAUAAUGUACCUUCACUUUUUACUUUUUAUAGAGAAUGGUUUGAUCAAAGUAAAGGUUUACAUAGUUCAGGAAUUAACAAAUUUUUCCAUCAGCUUGAUUCAAAAGAGGAAGAGGACCAUAGAGAAGAUAGUAAUGAUAAUCUAUCAUCAAGAUAUUUAAGAUUGUUUCAAUUCUAUAAUAAUAUUCAAAUAAAAAGUAGAACCCUCAUUGGGUAUUUGUUAGGUUGGGAACCAUUGGAUUGGAAACAAAUAAAUGAAAUUAUUAAAAAGUUUAAUAUUAAAAUUACUAUUUUCUGUGGAGAACUUGACACUAUCACUGAUGCAAAUGAAUGUGCUGUCAAGACGAAGGAAUCAUUUAUUACUCUGUCGAAUAAACAACAAGUAGAAUUAAAUACCAUACCUAAUUGUUCUCAUAAUAUUGCCUUUGAUGCUCCAAAACAAAUCUGCAAAUUAUUUGCAGAUAAAUUCUUUUGA